UGCAGAAGUCGAUAAAUGAUCUUCGGAGAAACUUGUUCUCAGAUCACUUCGUCAUUAUCACGAUCUCACGCCGAGGACAAUGGAAUUACUAGAGCUGGUAUAAUGGCAGACAGAGAGAAGGUGGAGAGAUAUGAACACUUCCUAAAUAAUGUCCUAAAGGAAGAUUUGAAACGUGUGCUAGAGGAGCGGGACAAACUGUACGAAGAUAUAGCUGCCUACUCACAACUGAAGCAGACAAUUGAAUGCCUUCUUCAGACACCAUGUGAGGAAGGCUUGCGCACUCAAGUUGACCUCGGAUCAAACUUCUACAUCCAGGCCCAAGUGCCAGAUGUUUCAAAAAUUUAUGUAAAUGUUGGUUUAGGCUUCCAUGUGGAACUGACUCUGCAAGAGGCCCUAAGCUUCAUAGAUAAGAAGUUAAAGAUCUUAAAUGCCAAAGUGACAGAAUCCUCAAAACAGUCAGCCAAAAUCAAAGGAAAAAUCAGAUUUGUGUAUGAGGGCCUAAGAGAAAUUGAAGGCCUCGAGAAGGGUGUGAAAAAACUGAGGCCAAGGACUAUCGCCAAGAGUAAUGAUGUGACUUUUGUAUCAUGUGUAUUUAAAAUCAGUGUAAUAUAUAAAUUCCAAAAGACAAUGAAGUUAGUAAAGAGUGUACCUGUCAAUUAUGGGAGAGUCUGGUGCAUAACAGCAGUUGUGAGCCUGUGCUUGUGGAUUCUUCCGUACAUACUUGGAAAAUAUACCGAUGUUACUUUCCCCUUCAUCACUUCAGAAGACAUACCCCAGGAAUUGGUUGGCCUCGUUGGACCUGCAGAAAAUGGUCUGGAUUGGUGCCCUGUCUUAUCUCCUCACGUGGUAAACAUAAACCGAUUAACAACCAACAAGAUCAUUCCUCAGACAGAUGAAGACAUUGUUAAGAAAUACAACAUAUUGCCUGGAGGUACCUGGAAGCCAACAGAAUGCCAGUCAAGAUAUCAUGUUGCCAUCGUCAUUCCUUACCGAAAUAGGAGUCUGCACCUCCAGCAGUUCCUGACGUAUAUGCACCCAUUUCUCAUGAGGCAACAGUUGAACUAUAGAAUUGUGGUUGUGGAACAAACAGACGAGAAGCAGUUUAAUAGAGCAAAACUCUUGAAUAUUGGAUUUGUCGAGACCAAUAAGCUGGCCCAGGUUGACUGUUUCAUCUUUCAUGACGUGGAUCUGCUGCCACAAAAUGACCUCAAUGUGUAUGCAUGCACCCAUAAUCCACGACACAUGUAUUCUGCUAUUGAUACUUUCAGGUACCAGCUUCCAUAUCGCCGUCUGUUAGGAGGAGCUGUGGCUGUUCAGAAAGUACACUUUGAAGAAAUCGAUGGAUUUGCAAACAAGUUCUACGGAUGGGGAGCAGAGGAUGAUGACUUUUACAAUCGCUUUGAGAAAAGAGGGUUACAUAUCAUUCGUUUUGACCCAGGAGUAGCAAAGUAUGUCAUGCUAUCCCAUGUCAAAGCCACACCUUCCCAGGAGCGAUAUGCACAUCUUUGGGCAGAAAACAAUAGAAAUGAUGGCCUUUCUGAUUUAACUUACAAGCUGCUAAAUAAAGAACUAAGAUCUUUGUAUACUUGGCUAUAUGUUUCUUGUUAAGUGUCUUCAUUAAUAAUGUAGGGCCAGUUAAAAAAUAAAUAAAUAAAUAAAUGUUCCUGUUAACAUGGUAGAAAUAAUUUGGGUCAUCACCACCAUACCUCCUCCUUCCAUUCAUUCUUUCAGGGAAUUCCAGUAAUCAUCAAUUUUUUUUUUUUUUUUUCCAUUUUUUACAUGUAUUCUCCAGUCUAUUGAUUGCAUGAAUAUAAUACCUAUUUUCACUAAGUUAGAGUGUUUCUUUACAGAAAGUAGCAUUUAAUAUUCAUAGAAACCUUUUUCUUGUCAAAUUAAGAUGCUGUGUGCUUCAAAAUUAUCAAAACUAAUUUUGGGCGGGUCAGCAAGUGGCCCUUCAGAUUUGGAUUCUUUGUUCAUAGAAAUGUCUCAUUCUCAUUUCUUUUUUUUCUUUCUUUCUUUCUCUUUUUUUUCUUUUCUAUUUUUCUUUUUGGCCCAUUUGUUAAUCUUUGUCCACCAUCCAUGCGUCCUCUCAUUAUUGUUGUUAGGCAUUCAUAGCCAAGAUUCAGUGUAAAUUUCCUUAAUUUUGAAAAGUCAAUGAUCUGCAACUACCACGGACUACUUUAUACCACAAAUAUCGGUUGUGGAAAUCAUAUGCCAUUCUUAGCAAACAUGGAAAUACUGAGCUUAAGGUCAUUAUUGCUGUUAUCCCUUUUCUUUUUUACGUGUUGAUAUAACUGUUAAAAGAUAAAAAGUUCAAUAUUAGAAGUAAACAAUAAUAAUUACUUAUAUUCAUUAUUUUUUAUGGAAAUUAUCUUGUUUGAUUAUUGUUUGUUUAUUGUUAGAAAAAUGCUAAGUGAUCUAUAAUCUUCACACUGAAGGUAAUGGACUAACCUAUAUAAUGUAAAGUAUUUUUAUUACCUGGGGGUUGCCAAAUGAAAUGUGUGAUUUUAAAAUGUAGAAAAUAAUCCACAUGCAGAUGCUGUUAUUUUUCAUCUGUAUUUUUGAAAAUGAUAUUAGAGAAAUAUACAUGACCAAAAAUCAGAAA